AUGGUCUCCACCGUGAAGAUCUUCAACGUCACUAUACCUCCAAAGGACGGUCUCUGCUGCAUGAUCUGCAAGAUCAUAAAUUCUGAGAACGAUUCCUUAAUCUACUCCAAUUAUUGCAGGAACAAGCUUAAAUGCGGACAAUUCCUUCGAGAAACUCCUCAAGCGAUGGCUGCUCCGAUAACUAAUCGGAAAUUACUCGAGCUCGGCAAUUCUCUAUAUGUUAUCGUCACAAAGGAUUUUUUGGAAAGCUACACCUUUCGGGACCAUUGCGACGCCCUUAACAUACAGAUAAUGGAUCUACUCGAUCCUUUUCCGAAUUACAUUUAUAAGAUGUGUCUACUUUACACGGUGGAACACAGGCUGGCACCUCAGUGGAACAAAGUCGGAUUGUACCUCGUCGAGGGACAAGAUUUUCUUAGCUCAACAGGAAAUGUCAACGCGAUUAUGUUGAAUAUCAAAGAUAUCCGCGAUAACAGCGCUCAAUUUCAUGUUGAGGCUAUAAAUCUCAAAAUACCAUUCCUAAGAUUAAAUACCAUACAUCCCUCGCAACAUGAUUCGCAUCCACCAGUACGUGUUCUACCAAGUUUGAAAAUGGCAACUGUAUUGAGCAUAUCAAAAGAAAUUAAGGGAAAGCACCUAUUCAAAAAUUACGAGGAUAUGCGCACAUAUUGGAAAAAUAUGCAUGGCUAUAUAUUGCCAGAUCACAAAGAAGAACUCUUAUUUUACAGUAUCGAAUUCUUCUACUUCAAGUCAUGCGUUUAUUUAUAUCCUGAAACAUGCUUAACCUCAGGACCUCUAAAAAUUCUUCCGCUUACGAUGGAUCCGGUAUCCAGAAUUUACAAAUUUGCAGGAGACUUAAGAGGAAGAGUAACAAAAUUAUGUGGAUAUCAAUUGGACGUAUGUCCGGAAAAUACAUAUCAAGCAGCUAUUCUAGCUUGUACACCGAUGUUAACAAGAGUUGAUAAAUUUUCAACCCGUGAUACAGGAUAUGGUACACGAUCAAGAAGAUUUAGCAAUGAGACGCUUUCUCGGACAUUUGAUUCCUGCGAUAUUCCCACAAAACGAUCGCGAUUAUCGCUAGAAAUUAAUAAUUCUUUUACGUGCAAAACUGAGGUCGACAAUUUCGAUUUUGGAAUCGAACCAACAUGUUCCACGAGCAAGUUUGAUAAGUUUCUUAAAACUGCUGGUAAUAUUGCGACGAUAUUAUGUGACGCAGAUAGUGUUAUGGCUAGCAAACCAAUUAUCGAGAAAAAUGAAGAAAAGUCGUAUUAUUUUAAGCAAGAAGAAUCAAAAUCUGAGAACAAAGCUCUUGUGGAACUGAUGGAUAAAAAGAAAAAACCCGAAAAACAAAAUUUAAAGGAAAAGUUGUUAAGGAAUUUUUAA